UUGAAGCACUGCUCGUUUUUGAAGGACUGCUUGCUAAUGGCUCUUGCGGAUCUUACUGGGUAUCCAGCCGAUCGUGAAUCAGUUAGACCGGCGAGUGUUGAUUUCGUCCAACGCCCAAUUGGCCAUCUUGAUGAAUUUAAACUUCACUGGGCUCGAAACUUGGAGGAUGCUGUGAAACCAGUGACUAAUGGGAUAAAGUGUGGUCCGGUUCAAAUUGAUUUUAACCAUGGCACAACUACACUGGCAUUCAAGUUUUCCGGUGGUGCCAUAAUAGCAACGGACUCGCGUGCAUCCUCUGGCUCAUAUAUCGCUUCGGCAACAACGGAUAAAAUCCUUAUCAUCAACAAGUAUCUCCUCGGAACAAUGGCGGGCGGGGCAGCUGACUGCGCAUAUUGGGAACGAGUUCUUUCGAAGCAGUGCAGAUUAUUCGAGCUAAGGAACAAGGAGCGGAUGUCAGUUGCUGCGGCGUCUAAGCUUCUGGCAAAUAUGCUGUAUGAAUACAAAGGCGCGGGUCUGAGUAUCGGGACCACAAUUGUUGGCUGGGACAAAAAAGGAGCUGGGAUAUACUAUGUUGACGACGACGGUCAACGAUUCACUGGAGACUUGUUCUCGGUGGGGUCCGGUAGCACAUAUGCAUAUGGCGUCUUGGAUACGAUGUAUAAAUAUGACAUGAAAAAUGAGGAAGCCUAUGAACUCGCACGUCGUGCAAUUUAUCACGCCACGCAUCGGGAUGCUGCAUCCGGUGGUUUUAUAAACCCAACGCGACAACCUCAGUCUAUAACUUGUGUGCUUUCCCUGGGCCGUCUCAAGCUUGGGGCGUGCAGUAACGAAUCCUUGCCCAAUAUCGGUUUAGCAGCUCAUGCUUGUUGCACUCUCCUGUCUACGCAAGACGGACACCUCUCCCUUAGCCCAGAAGCAAAUCAAACCUAUCAGAACCAGCUCUUCAAACGCCUGCCGCUUGGUCGGAUAUUAACGGCCACUGCGAACAGGUACCGAAAGCGCUACUUAAAGCAGGAACUUCUGUUUGUGGUUCAACCCAGCCAGCCUCAUCCAAACACGAUCUCUGAUAGGAUCAUGACUUUGCUGGAGGUUCGGCGACAAAUUCCUUCUGCCUGCAAGCACACAUCAACCCGACCUAACAUCCAGUACCAGACUGCGCUUGCCCUUCUCCAACCGAAUCUGGUGUUUAUCUUGGGUGAUAUUUUCGACGAGGGCUCCUGGAUUGGCGAUGUCGACUUCCUCUCUCAUCUCCAACGCUAUGAUUACAUAUUUCAACACGACCGUUCCAAGACUAUAAUGAAAAAUGUCGUUGGCAACCACGAUAUUGGAUUUCAUUAUGCGAUAUAUCGCUAUGUGGAUAACCGAUUCCGUCAGAAGAUGACUCCAUCCAGGAAUAGUUCAUCCGUCCGGCUAUGGUCGCACGCUGGUGUUCAUUACGUCAUGGCCAACAGCAUGGCUUUUGAAGGUGACGAGUGUUAUCUAUGUUCGGAGGCGGAACGCAACGUUCGUGCUAUCGCCCAUCGUUUGCAGUGUAUGCCGAUCAACCGAAGCGCGACCGCAAUUGCCCGGUGCUCGUUGGAAGAGAGUUACAGUCAGCCGAAAUCCUUUGUGGAUUUAGACAGUGAUACUAGUCGACCCGAUAUUUACACACGGCCGAUACUAUUGCAACACUUCCCCCUCUAUCGAGACACGGAAAGCCCGUGUUCCUCCGAUCCCGUAGACGCAAUGCCACACGCGGGACGUUCGAAAAAGUACCGGCCUCGAUGGGACUGUCUUUCUUUGGAAGCAUCUCAAAAGCUAUUGGAACAACUGCGUCCGCGCCUUGUCCUCUCCGGGCAUUCUCACUACGCCUGUGAACUAGAGCACAGACUACCUGGGGAACCGGACACCGUUGUCCCGGAAAUCACGGUGGCCAGCUUUUCAUGGCGCAAUUUGCCAAAUCCCAGUUUCCUGUUGUGUAAGGAAUCUCUGAAUAAACAGGUUUUGUUACUAUUUGUAAUGCGGCCUGGUGCGGCACAUUCACUUGCCUGGGAAUAUCAUAGACGAGAGAUUCAGCUGGGUUCCAAUCCAGAGAGUGAGAAGAGUCGUCCGAUUGGACCCACCUUACUCCCGGAUGAUGUUGCUCCUACCGGAGGCAUAGGACCUUCCCUUCCAGUGGAUUUGUUCAAAUCCAAACUUGUGAAUCAGUCAGACGAGUAUCAGAACGUUGAAGAUUUGGGAACCAUUGGUCCGUUGCUUCCAGGACAAGAACUGCAUGAAGAAUUGCGGCACUUCAGCUCGACAAAGUCAGAUAAAGAACACAUGAAACCAAUGAGCUCGAACGCGCUUAAGCGCGAUGCAUGGAUGACAGAAUUACUGCCAAUGUCACGUGAAGUGGGGGCACUGAAGCCGCGAAAAUUCGACCAGCGAGUGGGUGGACAACAGACCAGUUGUGACAAAUCCUGGUUCCGGACUCCCACCGAAUCCGCGGACGUGCGUGCGGACGACGGCGACACCGAAUCAGUAAAACGACAAGCCGCUCACGAACAGGAACGUCUGGCAAGCAUGGCGUACGACAAACAAAUGGAGUCACUCGCCACGAAAACUCAGGAAGGUAAACCAACAUCCAGUCUUUUGGAUCUACACCAGAAAAAGCUAAAGGAUAAGGAAAGGAAGGAGGCGAAAAAGGCCAAAAAAGAAGCGAAGAAGUCGAAAAAGGAAUCUAAGAAAUGCAAACACAAGUCAAAGGAUACUGGACUUUCUGCGAAAAUUUCCCCUUUUUCCAGCUUGGACUCGUGUCAAUUUCCUUCCCGAGAUGAACUAUGCCUCCCUGUUCCGAGUUCUCACCCUGUAUUCAGUCUGCUGAAAUUAUUCUUGCAAGCAUGUCACAGUGUGAAUGAUGAUAUAAACACAUUUCUAUGUACCCUUUGUGGCGAUCCUGACAUUCUGAACGCCGUGGGCUGUCCCACUUCAUCAGUCCUUUAUGAGCUUCAGUCCUCUAUUUCUUCAGUCAUACUCCCCGUGCCCGUCAGAACUCACAUUGAAGUGCUUCUGGAAUUGUAUUUAGGCCUUGAACUGGAAGCAGCCGAGGCAGAUCGGGGCGAUUCUAACGUGUUCUCCUCCGUACUCUCCGUCGAGUUAGACGAAGCUAAAACUGAACUACUCCAAAUGGGGCCUACUCUCCUGCCUUCCGUCUGUUUCCGAUUUGUCAAAGCUGCAUUGACACACCGUAUUAGAGCAUUGUGUUUUGGAAACUACUCGGAACACUUUCUGGACCGAAUUCUAUUGUACAACAAAGACAUUAUACACAACCGAUGGUUGUCCACUCUCUUUCCGUCGGUUUCCUCCGGUUCUCACAAACAAUUAUCGUCACAGCUGUCAGAUGAAUUAAUCUACCAGCUUUUGUUCGAGGUUCGCAAGCCCGAUAUAUUUUCACUCAUCAUCGAAUUCCCAGACUCCGUCCCGGCGUUGCUUGACUUGGGCAAGUGUCUCGACCAUGUCUCUUUCCGCCAAGAUCUCAUCACCCAUUUGACGGAAGGGGUCAGACAACGCCUUCUCCAUCCGGGAGUCCACACCGAACAGAUCCUCGUUGCUUACAGCUAUCUGGUCCGGGCCCUGCGGUUGGUGGAUAAAUCGUUCCUUGUACAGGAUAUUGUCUGUCGCCCGGUUUCCCAGUGUUUGCGCCAGCGUGAGGAUGCCGUGCGUUGCAUUGUGGACAAGUUGCUGUCCGUCUCCGAGGGCGAUGUAUCGAACGAACCUAAGACUGGCGAUGAUCCAGUCGGAGCAUCGACUGAACUAUACUCUGAACUGCUGCUGCAAAAGCCUCUCGAGGUCGAACCAGCAGAUGGUGCUGAAGACAGCGACGCUGAAGUUGUGGCGGAAGAUCCAGCUUUCGAUGAGGACACUCCGCACCAGACGUAUACUGGUGAUUUGUCUAAAGGCCUUCCUGGGUGGGGCUACAACUGGCAACCGGACCCAGUGGAAGCGAUGUACCAGGGUGGUGCGUGGCGUCGACGGCUUGAUCUGCUCAGCAUGCUUGUGAGUAUCUACGGAAGCAAGAAAUCGUUUUUGGUGGAAUACAAACAGUUGUUGAGUCAACGCUUGCUGAAACAGCGCAGCUUCCACACUGCCAGAGAACUCAGGAACCUUGAGCUUUUGAAGCUACGGUUCGGGGAACAAAAUCUGGCAGAAUGUGAGGUAAUGCUCAAAGACAUUCGGGACUCCAAACGCGUAGCAAGCUUGGUUUCAGAAUCCACACAAGAGGCGUUUGAGGAGCCACCCGUCAGUACGACCGCCAUCACCACGAGCCAUCCGGCGAAGCACGACUCGUCCACACAAACACCUCAACGAACAGCUAAUCAGACAACGAACGAGAACAUGGAAAGCAAUAGAAAUCUCACAGCGAUGUUUCCGCUUUCCGCCUACAUCCUAUCGGUUCAUUAUUGGCCCGAGCUGUUGGACGAGCGUUUCAAGCUCCCACAGGAUCUGUGUAGUACUUUUGAUCAUUAUGAACGGGUUUUCCAACGUUUGAAAGGCAAUCGAACACUUCGGUGGAUGCACAAAUUGGGAUUGGUCAACAUCGAUCUGGAGCUUGGCGAUCGCAAGUUACAACUGGAUGUGACCCCAUUGCAGGCCUCGGUCGCCUACUUGUUCACUUUGAGACGCUCUUGGAAUGUGCGCGAUCUGGCUCAGGAGUUAGAAACGCAGUUAUCCAACAUCCGACACAGUUUGCAGUCGUUCAUUCACCUCGGUUUCAUACGUCAACGUCCCACAGUUCCAGGUAGCUCAGUCAACGCCGACGGGAAUGCCGAGAUUUUCGAGGUCUGUAGCUCGGCUACAUACUCAUCGACAAACGCCGUCGCAGCUGCGGCCACUACAUCUUCAACUUCCAGUGCCGUGUCACAAUCACCUGGGGCAAGCAGAUGGCUCCUCACAGGACAAGGCGAAGACACGGAGUCAGUGGUUUCGAGUGUACGAGAGCGUAAGGAGAAGGAGCUCCAGGUCUUUUGGUCCUACAUCGUCGCGAUGCUCACCAAUCUUGGCGGACUUUCACUCGAUCGAAUCCACUCGAUGCUGCGAAUGUUUGCACUCGGAUCCACCACAACGUUGGAGUGCAACCGAGAUGAACUGCGCCAAUUUCUAGAUAAGAAAUUACACGAUUCCGAGCUGGUAUUUGAUGGUGAGACAUACCGUCUGGCAAAACCGGAUGUAUAGUUUUCAUAUGCGUGUCGCACUCAUGAAGAACAUAUUGAUCCACAUGACAUCAUCCAAAGACAGAUCCAUUUUUUCUGACCAGUUUGGGGAUUAUCGACUGCUACAGUAUGUAUAUUAUGAAACUCUGCUUCUCCAUUUGUUCGGCUACAGUGCCGUUUCAAUAUCACAAUCCACACCGUCCGGGUAUGCACUAUCGCUAAA